ACACCACACUGUUGUUGCUGCGCUUUGAUCUGGGUGCAUCUGACAUGCAGUACUUUCUUUCUUUCUUUCUUGUUAAGGGAGGCAUAAACUUGCAGAGAGAUACGCUGCAUGAUUCACACCUAUGCUGAGUCAAAAGAGCUCCAGGGAUCUGCACAGGCAGAUUUCUGAUCGUGAGGUAAAGCAGUUGCUCUCAGGCCAGAUGCAUCCCAGACUUUAGAUGAGGCACAAGUCAACCAUUGUUUUGCUGAGCACACUGAGCACAUUUAAAAGAGAAGAGAAAAGAAGAGAGAAAGAGGGUGGCUUGCCUAAUGGCAGAGAUCUGGAUGUCCCAGUGAGGUCAGGUCGGACGGGAGGUCAUGGGGUCGUUUACGCUGGGGAAAGCUGCUUCUCUGGAGCUACUGCUGGAAGCCUGCAUUCAUGCGUUUGAUGAUGAAGGAGAGCUGCAUGAAAAUCAGCUUCCCCGAACCCUUCUGCUGAUGCAUCGCUGGUAUGUGUCCUCCACCGAGCUCGCUGGGAAACUUCUGAUUAUGUACCGUGACUGUCGGGGAGAUGACUGCCAGCGGACACGACUGAAGAUCUGCUAUUUAAUGAGGUACUGGAUAGCUGAAUUCCCUGCAGAGUUUGAUCUGGAUCUAGGUUUGAUCCGUCUUACAGAAGAAUUUCGAGAUGCAGCCGCUCAGCUGGGUGGUGACGAACACAUUAAACUACUUGACAUUUCUACAAUCCCCUCGUAUGACUGGAUGCGUAAACUGACUCAGCGAAAGAAGCAGGUGAAGAAGGGUAAAGCGUCACUGCUGUUUGAUCAUCUGGAACCCAUUGAGUUGGCCGAACACCUCACCUUCUUAGAGUACAAGUCCAUCAGGAGGAUAUCGUUCACAGAUUACCAGAGUUACGUGAUUCAUGGCUGUCUAGUAGAUAACCCCACAUUAGAGCGCUCCAUCGCUCUGUUUAACGGGAUCUCCCAGUGGGUUCAACUGAUGGUUCUCAGUAAACUUACCCCUCAGCACAGAGCAGAGGUCAUCAACAAAUACAUCCAUGUUGCACAGAAACUGCUCCACCUGCAGAACUUUAACACGCUGAUGGCUGUGGUCGGGGGUCUGAGUCACAGUUCUAUUUCCCGCUUGAAGGAAACUCAUUCUCACCUCAGCCCAGAGGUCACCAAGAUCUGGAAUGAAAUGACAGAGCUGGUUUCGUCAAAAUGCAAUUACUGUGCUUACCGCAAAGCCUUCAGUGAAAGCGAAGGGUUUAAGAUCCCAAUCCUAGGUGUUCACCUGAAGGACCUGAUCGCCGUGCACGUGGUCUUCCCAGACUGGGUGGAGGAUGGGAAAGUGAACAUUGUGAAGAUGCAGCAGCUGUAUCUCACCUUUAAUGAGCUGGUGUCCCUGCAGAGCGCUGUGGCUCAGGUGGAGCCCAACAUGGACCUGAUCUACCUGCUCACUCUGUCCUUGGAUCUGUACUACACAGAGGAUGAAAUUUAUGAGCUGUCCCUUCUUAGAGAACCCCGUAACCCCAAAUCUCAGCCCACCUCACCCACAACGCCCAACAAACCUCUGGCUCCGCUGGACUGGGCCUCUGGGGUCACAACCAAACCAGAUCCCUCAGUGGUCAACAAACACAUCAGGAAAGUCGUGGAUUCUGUUUUUCGUAACUACGACCAUGACCAUGACGGAUACAUAUCUCAGGAAGACUUUGAGAGUAUUGCUGCAAAUUUCCCUUUCCUCGAUUCCUUCUGCGUGCUUGAUAAAGACCAGGAUGGAUUGAUCAGUAAGGAUGAGAUGAUGGCAUAUUUCCUGCGUGCCAACCCGCUGCUGCAGUGUAAGAUGGGGCCUGGUUUUAUUCACAACUUCCAGGAGAUGACUUACCUGAAGCCAACAUUCUGUGAACACUGCGCUGGAUUUCUCUGGGGAAUUAUUAAACAAGGAUACAAGUGCAAAGACUGUGGUGUGAACUGCCAUAAACAGUGUCGUGAGCUGCUGGUUUUGGCGUGUCGGCGUCUCCCUCGAUCCACGUCGCUGGGCAAUGUGUCUCCUGGAGCGCUCACACACAGCUCUUUACCCAGCAGCCCCAGCCUGCCCACCUGUAAAGAUGACGAUGAGGUGUUUACGUUUCCCGCCGUGUCGUCGUCAUCAGGCUCUGACCUGGAGGGAAAGUCCAUCACCCUGAUGACUGGUUCAGCCCAGCGCAUCUCAGUGCGGCUCCAGAGAGCCACCACCAGUCAGGCCACGCAGACAGAACCCCUGUGGCCCGAAAACGGCUGGGUGGCCGUCGCAGACAGUGGGUCACACACCUUCCCCAAAAUGAGAUACAGGCCUCACCGCAAAGCGUCCAAGAGCAAAGGCUUUGCUCGCUGGGAGAACGACACGCAGAGUUCGGCAGCGACGAGGAACAGCAGGAACUCACAGGAGCACAGCGAAGAGUCACAGCAGAACGGACUCGCAGAACAACAUAUGAACAAAACCAGGACCUCUGAGAUCAGCUGACUUGACUGCUCUGUGGGCCCAUGCAGGACACCCUGGAGCCUGUCAGGACCACGGCCCAGAGGGCUGUCCGCUCUAGGGGGCGUGCUGGGGUGCCUCAUGCCUCCAGUGGAUCAGGAAUAGGGCCACUAUUUCUACAGCCACAGUAAAAGAUGGGCGGCAGGCAACCCACUGACUGAACUGGGGGAAGGGUUGCAUCAAAGGAAAGGUCUGGGACUAAACAGGGAGUGACUGUGCUGUCCUGUCCUGGUUGGAAAUCUAACUGAGAAUCACUGGAAGCUGAUGUGACGGAUACAUCAGCGUGAUAAUAGAUGAGUGAGCAAGAGUAUUUAAGGUAUGCCGUUGACGUGUUUGCGACGCACGCUCUGAUUUUCGUUCUCCAAAAACACUACUCUGAAAGGACACAGUGGAUGUGAAGGUUAUAUUCAGGUUGUCUGAAGUCGAAAGUGGAACUGGGAAAGAUGAAGAUGAACGUAUGUAUGAUCGA